UUCAAGCUCACUUUCUUCUUUCACUCCCACUGAUAAUAGUGUGAGCAAAUUCUAGCGUAGAUUUGGAAACGAAGAUGGGCUGCCAUAUGUUAUGGCUGCUUCUAGCACUGACUAUGAUGGCAGCAACAAGCAUUGUCCGAGGAUGCGACCUUGGUGACCUUAAAGGACUAGCCAGUUUCAGGGGCGGAAUCCAUACGGACACUUCGGGUAGGCUAGUGAAAUGGGCCGGUCGUAGUUGUUGUAGGUGGCAGGGCGUUGCCUGCAACAAUCUAACCGGUCGAGUCACCGGAGUUCAUCUCCCGGGAUUCAUUUCCACGACCGAUUCCGUGUUUCAGUCUCAGAUGGAAGGUUGGUUGUCCUCAUCAAUCACACUCCUUACAUCUCUUGAAGUUCUCGAUCUCGGAGGACUCGUAGGCCUUACCGGGAGAAUUCCAGCAUCGAUCGGUCGUCUCAAGAACCUCAAACAGCUCUAUCUCUAUGGGAACAAGCUGAGAGGACCGGUGCCAGACAGCAUCGGUAAGCUCUUGAAACUCGAAGAACUUCACCUGCACGAGAAUAGAUUAUCUGGAUAUCUUCCUCCUGGCAUUGGUUGUCUUAAAAAUCUUAAUGCUUUGCUUCUUCAUUCAAAUGGAUUCACUGGUAGUAUCCCUGGUUCAUUCUCCAACUUGACAAAUCUCAUGCAUUUCGACCUUUAUAGCAAUUCCCUCACUGGUAAUAUACCAGAAAAUAUUGGUGAAUUGCAGCUCUUGAAAGAGCUUGAUCUUUCUGAAAAUUUCUUGACUGGGAAAAUCCCAGUUUCCAUUAACAAUUUAACAUCCAUUUCAGUCAUGUAUUUGGAUUGUAAUCAUCUAGAGGGAGAGAUACCAUUUCCAUCAAAUUAUGGUCAAAUGCCAAUGCUUGGAUUUUUAAGGCUACAAAACAAUCAAAUAAGUGGGAAAAUACCGCCCAACAUUGGAUUUCUGGUUUCCCUCAAGAGGGUUUCUCUUGAAAACAACAAGCUCGAAGGAGCAAUUCCUUCUAGUUUGGGUAGUCUAAAAGCUUUGACAGAGUUGUAUCUCGGCGGCAACGAGUUGUCCGGUGUCAUACCGAAGUCAAUCGGCCUACUUUCUCGUCUCUUACUUUUGAGCCUUUCUCGUAACUCGAUUCAAGGACCAUUGCCUGAUGAAAUGUCUGCUCUCCAGAAUUUGCAGACACUGGACCUUUCUUUCAACAACUUGAAUCUAAGCUCCAUUCCAAUGUGGAUAUCGGAGUUACCGUCUCUUUCGAGAAUCUUCUUAGCAGGAAGCGGAAUCAAAGGCCGAAUACCGGACUCAUUGAGAUUGACACCAAGUCCGGUACAGGAACUGGACUUAUCGUCUAAUGAUCUCACCGAUGGGAUACCGACAUGGAUGGGAAGCCUCACUCAACUCUAUUCAUUGAAUCUUUCAAGGAACCGUCUCAGUUCAAGUAUUCCGGCUUCAGUUGCCAAUCUCGAGGCCUUAGGGGUGUUAGACCUUCACUCAAACAAUCUAACAGGCUCAUUGGAACAUGUUUUUAAGAUGGGAACCAGUUUCCCUGGUGGUUCACUGACCUACAUUGACGUAUCCGAUAACAGCUUCACGAGUGCAAUCGAGCACAUUGGCGUGGGGACAUUGGAAAGACUUGAAUAUCUUAAUUUAUCACAUAAUUUACAAAAGGGUCGAUUGCCAACUUCAGUGGCGAAAUUGAAGGCAUUGAAAUGCUUGGAUUUGAGCCACAACAAGUUGGGUUCCGGUUUGGUGGAGGGCUUAGCAAAUCUAAGCCAUUUGGAGACGUUGAAGCUACAGAGAAACAGUUUUACCGGUAAAAUACCGGUGGAGUUUUUGAACCUCAAAAACCUCAAGUAUUUGGACUUGUCGGACAAUCUUUUGGUCGGGGAAAUCCCUGCUGGAAAACCACUUAGUGACUUUCCUCAGAGCUGUUUCACAGGAAACAGAGGUUUAUGCGGGAAGCCGCUUUCUCCCUGCAAAUCUUGAAGUAGGUUCCGCCCCGCCCCCGGAAACCACCACCAUUUGUUGUAUUGUUUGACAACGUUUAUGUAUUAGCAUGCUUCUCAUCUGUAAAUACUGGUGCGACGGUCAAUGCAUAUCACAUU